GGGCAAGUUGACAAAUAUUGGCCAAAAUAAAAAAUGGCUCCUUUUUAACCGCUACGCAUAACCUCAAUUCAAUUUGUAGCAUUUUGUAAUUGUUAUUUGUUUGUGUAUAGGUGAGAAUUGGGGAGUAAGUUAAAAAAUAAUUUACCAUGGCGGACGCAGCUGCCAGACAGUUGCAAUAUGAAUAUAAGGCGAAUUCAAAUCUCGUACUCCAAGCUGAUGUACGUCUGAUAGAGCGUCGUGGACGAGAUGAGGCGACAGGCGAGGUGCUGUCCUUGUCUGGCAAGCUCGGUGGGACAAGGAUGGGCGACCGAGCACAACGCACCAAGCCAGACAAAGCUGAAGAGAGGAAAGCUAAACGUCAGAAACGUGACGAAGCUACAUAUGAACUAUCAAAAUCGAAGACAUCGCGUGCAGCAUGGGCUGAUGACACACCGGGCGUGCUGUACCGUCCUCGGACACAGCACACGAGGCAUGCAUAUGAAUUAUUACUGUCGUUCAUGCAGAGUACACUCGGUGAUCAACCUAGAGGACUGCUGUGUGGGGCUUGUGAUGAGGUCCUAAUGGUACUCAAGAAUGACAAACUGAAAGAUCCGGAAAGAAAAAAAGAGAUAGAAGCACUGAUUGGUGCUUUAGCAGAUGAACGGUUUGCCUUAUUGGUGAAUCUUGGCAAGAAGAUUACUGAUUUUAAUGUAACAUCAGCGGAGGGUAAUACCGAGAUUGAUGAGACAUAUGGAAUUAAUGUACAGUUUGAAGAAUCCUCGGAAGAAGAUGAUGAAGAUGCAUAUGGAGAGGUGAGAGAUGAUGAUAAAGAGGAAGGGGAAGGUACAGACAAUGAGCAGGGGAAAGAGAGUAGUGCAGAAGAUGAUAGUGAUACUGAAGGAAAGAAGAACAGUAUACAUGCUAAUCUAUCCGAGGAACAGACACAGAAGCGACGAGAUGCCACACUCCAUCCAAUGGAUAUUGAUGCCUACUGGCUGCAGCGUCGACUCUCUAGACACUUCCCCGAUGCCAUGUUGUCACAGGCUAAGUCCAGCGAGGUGAUGAAGGCACUCGCUGAGGCGGCAGAUGACAGAGAUCUUGAAAACAGACUAGUGCUUUUAUUGGGUUAUGAUUGCUUUGACUUUGUUAAAGUACUCAAUAAAUAUAGAUAUACAAUCCUAUAUUGCACGAAGCUGGCAUCAUCACAAUCUGAGAAUGAGAGGAUGAGCAUCCGCGAGGAGAUGUCCCGACAGCCGCAUCUACAGAAGAUUCUGGCACAGCUAGAAACUGGCAAGGGAGAUGAGGAGAUGGCGCAGCAAUCGGAAGCACCACGUAAACGUCAGAAGACGGAAACAGAGACUACAGAAGGUGGUGGUCAAGUGUCAGGCUCGAGGAAAGUGUUGGCACUGGACGAGCUGGUGUUUGCAGCUGGCUCACACUUCAUGGCUAACAAACGAUGUCAAUUACCACCCGGAUCUUUUAGAAAGCAAAGGAAAGGUUACGAAGAAGUCCAUGUACCAGCGUUAAAACCAAAACCAUUUGAACAGGAUGAGACUCUAGUGGCCGUGGAGAAGUUGCCGAAGUAUGUGCAACCUGCGUUUGAAGGAUUUAAAACUUUAAAUAGAAUACAGAGUCGUAUAUCAAAAGCUGCGUUAGAGAGUGACGAGAACCUAUUAGUGUGUGCUCCGACUGGUGCUGGUAAAACGAACGUUGCGUUGUUGUGCGCGUUACGUGAAGUUGGCAAACACGUGAAUGAUGAUGGCACAGUUAGUGUUGCAGACUUCAAGAUUAUUUAUGUAGCACCAAUGCGGUCGUUGGUGCAAGAAAUGGUGGGUAACUUCAGUAAACGUCUUGCAGCGUAUAAUAUGAAAGUGUCAGAAUUGACCGGAGACCAUCAGCUGACGAGGGAGCAGAUUGAUGCUACACAGCUGAUUGUCUGCACUCCAGAGAAGUGGGAUAUUAUUACUAGGAAAGGUGGUGAAAGAUCAUUCACCAAUCUAGUACGUCUGAUCAUAAUAGAUGAAGUACAUCUACUGCAUGAUGAGAGAGGACCUGUACUGGAGGCGCUGGUGGCACGGACCUUACGUACUGUGGAGCAUACCCAGGAAGAGGUACGUCUCGUCGGUCUGUCCGCCACGCUGCCUAACUACACAGAUGUCGCGGCCUUCUUGCGCGUGCGACCUGAAAAAGGACUAUUUUAUUUCGAUAACUCUUUCAGGCCAGUAGCACUGGAACAACAGUACAUUGGAGUGACCGAGAAAAAAGCUCUAAAAAGGUUCCAAGUUAUGAAUGAUAUCGUAUACGAAAAGACAAUGGAGCAUGCUGGCAGGAACCAGAUCCUGGUGUUUGUGCAUUCUCGAAAAGAGACGGGAAAAACUGCGCGUGCGAUUCGAGAUAUGUGCUUAGAGAAAGAUACAUUGGGACAGUUUCUGAGAGAGGGGUCAGCGAGUGUUGAAGUGCUGCGUACCGAAGCCGAGCAAGUGAAGAAUCCAGAGCUAAGGGAAUUAUUGCCGUAUGGCUUCGCGAUACAUCAUGCUGGUAUGAGCAGAGUGGACAGAACGUUGGUUGAAGAUUUAUUCGCCGAUAGACAUAUACAGGUGUUGGUGUCAACAGCUACCCUCGCGUGGGGUGUCAAUUUACCAGCACACACUGUGAUAGUGAAGGGUACCCAGGUGUAUUCACCGGACAAGGGUCGCUGGAGUGAACUGGGUGCGUUAGAUGUGCUGCAGAUGUUGGGUCGUGCUGGAAGACCUCAGUACGAUACUAAGGGAGAGGGUAUCCUGAUAACGAAUCAUUCUGAGCUGCAGUACUACCUGUCGUUACUCAAUCAACAGCUGCCGAUAGAGUCGCAGUUCGUGAGCAAGUUGCCGGACAUGCUCAACGCUGAGAUUGUGCUCGGAUCAGUGCAGAGCGUUCGCGACGCCGUCACAUGGCUAGGUUACACAUAUCUGUAUGUUCGUAUGUUGCGAGCACCAUCUUUGUAUGGUAUAUCAUCAGAUAAGAUGCAAGAAGAUACAUUACUGGAGUUACAUCGAGCUGAUCUGAUACACACGGCAGCAUCACUACUUGACAAGGCCGGAUUGAUAAAAUAUGAACGUAAAUCGGGACAUUUUCAACCUACAGAGCUCGGUCGUAUUGCAUCACAUUAUUACUGUACAUAUGAAACGAUGCAAUCUUACAAUCAGUUGUUGAAACCGACAUUGGGAGAGAUAGAGUUGUUCCGAGUCUUCUCAUUGUCAGCUGAAUUCAAACAUAUCGCUGUAAGAGAUGAGGAGAAAUUGGAAUUACAUAAGUUGAUGGAAAGGGUGCCGAUUCCAAUAAAAGAAAGUAUUGAAGAACCGUCAGCUAAAAUCAACGUUUUACUACAAGCGUAUAUUUCACAAUUGAAGUUGGAAGGAUUCGCUCUGAUGGCGGACAUGGUUUAUGUCACACAAUCAGCUUGUAGAUUGCUCAGAGCCAUCUUUGAAAUUGUACUACAUAGAGGUUGGGCACAAUUAGUGGAUAAAACUCUGGCCCUUUGUAAAAUGGUUGAUCGUCGUAUGUGGCAGUCAAUGUCUCCGUUGAGACAAUUCAGAAAAAUGCCAGAAGAGGUAAUAAAGAAAUUAGAAAAGAAAAACUUCCCAUGGGAGAAGUUAUACGAACUGGGACCUAACGAGAUCGGUGAACUAGUCAGAGCUCCCAAACUGGGCAAGAUGAUACACAAAUAUGUGCACCAGUUCCCCAGACUGGAGCUGGCGACUCACAUACAGCCAAUCACCAGAUCAACCCUCAGGGUGGAGCUGACCAUCACACCAGACUUCCAGUGGGACGAGAAGAUUCAUGGUCAAUCGGAGGCUUUCUGGGUGUUGGUGGAAGACGUGGAUUCCGAAGUGGUGCUGCACCACGAAUACUUCCUGCUGAAGCACAAGUACUGCCGCGAUGAGCAACAUGUGAAACUGUUUGUACCUGUAUUCGAGCCGCUGCCUCCGCAAUACUUCCUGCGCGUUGUAUCUGACCGUUGGAUAGGAGCUGAGACACAGUUGCCGGUCUCAUUCCGUCAUCUCAUCUUACCUGAGAAGAAUCUACCUCCCACGGAGCUGCUGGACUUACAGCCAUUGCCUGUCACAGCGCUGAGAAAUAAUAACUAUGAAGCUUUAUACAGUGAUAUAUUCCCGCAAUUCAAUCCUGUGCAGACUCAGGUGUUCAAUGCGGUGUACAAUUCAGAUGACAACGUGUUUGUGGGCGCACCCUCUGGGUCGGGCAAAUCAGUGAUAGCAGAACUUGCACUACUACGACUGUUGUCGAGUAACGCGGGCGGGCGUGCGGUUUAUCUUCUGCCUAAAGACGCUCUAGCUGAUAUAGUGUUCGCUGAUUGGUAUCACAAGUUUGGUACUAAGUUUAAUUUAAAGGUGGUACAACUUACUGGUGAGACGGCGACUGACCACAAACUGCUGAACAAGGGUCAGAUCAUCAUCACCACAGCGGAGAAGUGGGACGUAUUGUCUAGAAGAUGGAAGGUGCGCAAGAGUGUUCAGAACGUAUCCCUGGUGAUAGUGGAUGCGUUGCAGCUGCUGGGCGGUGAGGAGGGACCCGUGCUUGAGGUGGUCUGCUCCAGGAUGCGGUACAUCAGCUCACAGAUAGGUCGUCCGAUCCGUAUAGUGGCGUUAUCUCUGCCGCUUGCAGACGCUCGUGAUGUGUCGCAAUGGCUCGGCUGCAACUCUAAUGCAUCCUUCAAUUUCCAUCCGAGCGUGAGACCUCUACCUCUAGAGCUGCAUAUACAGGGUUUCAACAUAUCUCACGCCGCGUCUCGUCUCGCAGCAAUGACGAAACCGAUAUACAACGCCAUUUGUCGUUUCGCGGGAACACGACCAUGUGCAGUAUUUGUACCUUCAAGACGACAUGCAAGACUACUAGCUGCUGAUCUGUUGGCGCUGGCAGCAGCUGCUGGAAGAACUGGCAGGUUCCUGAGAGCCAGACAGGAUCUGGUGAAGCCAUUCCUCGAUAGAGUCAAAGAUAAGAUGCUAAAAGAAACGCUGUCAGCUGGAGUAGCAUACUUACAUGAGGGUGUAGAACCUUCCGAUAGACGUCUAGUGCAGCAGCUGCUGGAAUCUGGAGCUGCUCAGCUGUGUGUAGUAGCUGCGGAGCUGGCCUGGGCUUUUGCGGCCCAUGUGCAUACUGUGAUCGUAGCUGAUACACAUGUAUACAAUGGCAAAUUGCAUUCCUACGAGCAAUAUCCGAUAACAACAGUGCUACAGAUGUUGGGACGCGCGUGUCGACCUCUGGAAGAUGACAGAGCUGUUGCAGUGUUAAUGUGUGCUGCACAUCACAAGACAUUCUUCACUAAGUUAUUAAAUGAUUGUUUACCGCUAGAGAGUCACUUAGACCAUAGACUACACGAUCACAUGAACGCUGAGAUAGUGACAAAGACCAUAGAGAACAAGCAGGACGCCGUUGACUAUCUCACCUGGACCUUCCUCUACAGGCGAUUGACACAGAAUCCUAAUUACUAUAACUUGCAAGGAGUCACACAUAGACAUCUUUCUGAUCAUCUAUCUGAGUUGGUAGAAACAACUCUAUCAGAACUGGAGCAAUCUAAAUGCAUUGCUAUUGAAGAUGAGAUGGACGUCCGUCCGCUAAACCUCGGCAUGAUCGCGUCUUACUACUACAUCAAUUAUACUACUAUAGAACUGUUCAGUUUGUCACUCACAAGUAAGACAAAGAUACGAGGACUUCUGGAGAUCAUAUCCUCGGCCGCGGAGUACUCGGACCUCUGCAUCCGGCAUCGAGAGGAGAACAUCAUCAAGACAUUGGCUGCCAAAGUGCCGCACAAACCUGCAGCUGGUGCGGGCGCGGCUCCCGGAGCCACAGUACGUUAUAACGACCCUCAUGUUAAAGCUCACGUGUUACUUCAAGCUCAUCUCUCACGUAUGCAGCUUCCAGCUGAAUUACAAGCUGAUACAGCUAUUGUACUUACUAAGGCGAUCCGUCUCAUCCAAGCGUGCGUGGACGUGGUGUCCAGUAGCGGAUGGUUGUCACCAGGUGUUGCCGCCAUGGAGCUGGCCCAGAUGGUGACACAAGCGAUGUGGGCAAAGGACUCAUAUUUACGUCAACUGCCUCACUUCACUCAGGAGAUGGUGCAGAGAUGCUCAGAAAAGGGUGUGGAGACUGUCUUUGAUGUGAUGGAAUUAGAAGACAACGCUAGAGCCAAGUUGUUGCAGCUCUCCCCGACUGAGAUGGCAGAUGUAGCAAGAUUCUGUAACCGAUAUCCUAAUGUUGAACUUACUUAUGAGGUAAAGAACGAACGUCGUCUACGCGUAGGCAAGCCGAUAGUUGUUGAAGUGUCGCUGGAGAGAGAAGACGAGAUUGUAGGACCUGUUAUUGCACCAUUCUUCCCGCAGAAACGUGAAGAAGGUUGGUGGGUUGUCAUCGGAGAGCCUAAAAGUAAUAGCUUGCUGUCCAUCAAACGUGUCUCGCUAGGGCGCUCCGCCCGGCUGCGUCUGGACUUUGUGAGCGGAGCACCCGGCAGACAUACUUAUACGUUAUACUUCAUGUCAGACUCAUAUCUUGGCGCUGAUCAGGAGUACAAGUUUACUGUAGACGUGGAUGAUGCUCCACAAACUGAUUCCAGCGAUUCAGAAUAAAGUGGCAACACUAAAUACUUUGUAUGAUGGUAUGUGACAACCCUAUUUUUAAAAAGUGACAACCCUAAAUGCAAUAUUUUGAGAUAAUAUUAAAUGAAAAAUGUUGUGACAACCCUGGAAA